UUGAUAAUCCCGAAUAAAAAAUAAAGCAUGAAAAGUAUAUAUUACUAUCAAUAUUUACAAAGGCAGAAGGGCUGAUGAUCAUGUACGUUCAGCUCCAUCACUAGUUCCCCAGUCCUUUCGAUCAGCAAAACAUCAACAACAUCACAUUACCGGUUUCAUUUGAUCAAGAAGUGGGCCACCACCCUUCACGAGAGUCUUCACGCGCUUUCUAGAUAGAUUCUAUUAAGAAAUGCUGACAGAGCCAAAGAAGAACAAAAAUUUAGGCAUGUAUUUGAAGUUUGAAGGCUAUGGUGAUGGAUGCUUCAAAGGUAUCAGAGUUAAAGCUAUUUGUUGAUCAGUGCAGAUCGAACCCUUCAAUUCUCCACAGCCCAUCUCUUUCCUUCUUCAAGUCAUAUCUCCAAAGUCUGGGUGCUCAAAUUCCACCUGACCCACAAACGGAUAGAGGUGGUGUUAACAUGGCAGAGCCCCAGCAACACUCUGAUGCCAAAAAACGCACCUUUUCAGAUGAAGUAGAUGAUGAUAUUGUUGAGUCUGAUGUCGAGUUAGAUGACACGGGUGUUGUGGAACCUGACAACAAUCCUCCAGUAAAAAUGGGAGACCCUUCAGUUGAAGUUACAGAGGAUAAGCGGGAUGCUGCUCAAACAGAAAAAUUAAAAGCUAUUGAGGCAAUCUCUGAAGGUAAGCUGGACGAAGCCAUAGAUUAUCUAACAGAAGCUAUCAUGUUAAAUCCCACCUCAGCAAUAUUAUAUGCCACUAGAGCUAGUGUCUUUAUCAAAUUGAGCAAACCGAAUGCUGCAAUCCAUGAUGCUGAUGCAGCUUUAGAAAUCAAUCCAGACUCAGCAAAAGGAUAUAAAGUUCGAGGGAUGGCAAGGGCCAUGCUAGGCCGAUGGGAAGAAUCAGCAAGUGAUCUGCAUGUAGCAUCAAAGUUAGAUUAUGAUGAGGAGAUUGGUUCAGUACUCAAAAAGGUGGAACCUAAUGCACACAAAAUUGAAGAGCAUCGCAGAAAAUAUGAACGCUUGCGGAAAGAAAGGGAAUUAAAAAGCACUGGAUGGCAGAGUCAACAGCAGAAAGCUGAAGCACAAGAUCAGAAAGCACUAUCUGCUCUAAAAGAUGGGCAGGUUAUUGGCAUUCACUCCACCAGUGAGCUGGAAACUAAGUUGAACGCUGCUACAAGAACAUCUCGCCUGGUGAUAUUGUACUUCACUGCAACAUGGUGUGGUCCCUGUCGCUUCAUUUCUCCUCUUUAUACAAGUUUAGCUGCAAAAUAUUCGAAAGUGGUGUUCUUAAAAGUUGAUAUAGAUGCGGGUAGGGAUGUGGCUGCGUGCUGGAAUAUUAGCAGUGUUCCUACCUUUUUCUUUAUAAGAAAUGGAAAGGAAGUUGAUAAGGUGGUUGGGGCUGAUAAAAGUUCACUUGAAAGGAAGAUUGCCCAAUAUGCAGGCUGACGUUGAGCCCAUCAAUGAAAGGAAGGUAGACUCCGGCAAAUUGAUUUGUACUCGGCUUCUUUUACAAGCCUGUCAGUUGGAACACAUGUUAAUCAACGUAAUCACGAGGUCUAUUGGGAAAUUGUUAAACUCUUAGUUACAAUGAUUUAAAAAAAAAAAAAAAAAACAAUGCUAGACAUGGAUGGCAAUAUUGUGGGAAUUCUCUACCAUAUAUUUUAGUAAAAUGGCAUGCUGUGGCUAAGCUUUUUUUACCCAAAAG